AUGUCGUCUACGGGCUCGACCAUAACAGAUCAAAUCAAAUCCAUCACGUACCACAUCUUCAUAACUCCCAUCCUCACCAUCAUAACCAUUCUCAUUCAAUGUUUCUUAUUUCAAAUCAGUCUUAUAAACCAUCUACUAGUGACUCCCAUCCUUAUUGGAUUGAAUAUCUUGGUUUAUGUCGUCUUCAUCAAGAUCCCUAUUGUGAUGCCGUUGAAAUACAUGUUGGAAUUAGAUCAACUUGAAGAAUACGGUGGAGAUGCCGAUGAAUUCUGGUGGUUGUUUAAUCAGGUGAAAUUAUUUAGUUUGGAAAUAAUUCAUUUCAUGCUUGCUAGUGUUGUUAUUGGGGUUGUGAUUGGGAUUGUGAUGGGAGGGAAUUUAUUAAUGAUUAAUUUGAUUGUGAAUGAGAAUAAUAUUCGAAAUUUAUCGAAAGUAAAUGAUGAGAAAUUAAGAGGCUCAAGUGGUGGUCAAAGGAAGUAUAAACAUAAGACGAGAGUAAGUAAACGGAAGAAUGGAAGUGGGAGUGGUAGUGGUAAGAAGAAUUAUGAUACACAGAGUACGAUGAGUGUUCAAGCUGCGUCUUUAUUUUCCAAUUUAUUAAAUCAAGUAGUAAUCCCGGAUAAAUUACCUACUCCAAAUUCACCAUCAUUAAGUCGAAUUAAUUCCAUACCAUUAAGUCCAACCAAUACAUCUCAAAUAGAUGAAAUGAGUGUUGAUGAAGGAAUGAGUUUAUAUGAGGAGAGUAGGAAGGAUGAUUUACAAACCACAUUACGUCGAAUCAGAGAACGAAGAAAUAAGACCAAUAAUCAAACUAGUAGUAGUGGUAGUACUGGUAAAGGGUUAUUGUAUGAAGAUGAUGAUGGAUAUAAUUAUACCAGUUAUACCAAGAAGAAUAAUGAGGUGGAGACGAGUACGAUUGAUGAUGAGGAGUCGAAUGGUGAUAUUCAUUCCACACCUCCAAUUUCACCAUCGGAAGAGGAGGAUGAGGAGGAUAUAAGUAAUGAAUCGAAUGAGGUUGAAGGGUCUAGUAGAUCCCAUACUAAUGAUGAGACUAGUAGUAGUAAUAAUGAGUAUGAGGAUACUAAUGAAGAAAGUGAAGAGAAGGUAUUUUCCUUAAGAGGAAGUGGUGAAAUAAGAGGAGGAGGUGGAGGAGAAGGACAUGAGAAUUAUACGAUAGAUACCACUAUGACCAAGAUUGAAGAAGAGGAGGAGGAGGAGGGGGAAGAAACAGGGUCAGAACAAAAGAAGGAUGAAGAAGAACAAGUUAAUGAUGAUGAUAUACCGAUACGAAAGGAUUUAUUAGAGAGAGAUCCUCUGAUAAAUAGAAAGAAGUAA